AUGCAGCACUCGCAGAACCACCGGGCCGCCAGAGAGGACGACAAGACCGACGGUCACCGCAAACGCAAGCUCCUCCACUCCCGCCCGAGCAGCACUACUCCGGCCGACCUGCAGCGCUCCGCCCCGGACGACAACGGCAGCCAAAGCCCCACCCCCAAGCAGCAGACGACCAUCUCCGAGCUGUUCCAGCAGAAGCCGGCGACGGCGAGACCAGCCAACGUGCCAUCGCCCAAGGGCCACAAGCGCAUCAAGCCCAAUCCCGCCGCCGGCUCCGACGUCUCGUCGCCACCCCGCUCCGUCGACUCGCCGCGCUCCACCGCAUCCGCCUCGCUGCCCACGGCCACGGCCGCCCACCUGCCGGCCGAGAAGAUGUACAGCUUUCCGAGCAAGAAGCCCAACGGCGCCGCCAACAACGUCAUCGACCUGACGGGCAAGACGCCCAGCCCGUCGCCGUCGCCCGCCCGCAACAACGGCGGCCCCAUCGCGUCCGCGACGACGCGCAACAACAUCAACAACAGCGCGCACCGCCCCAAUUUCAACCCCAACACCGGCGCCAAGCAGCUCGUCGUCAAGAACCUGCGCAAGACGCCGCGCACCGACCCCAAGGAAUACUUCAACCAGGUGUGGGGCUGGCUGGACGAGGCCCUGGCCAAGAUCUUCGCCGGGAAGGAAAUCGACUUCUCGCUCGAGACGCUGUACCGCGGCGUGGAGAAUGUGUGCAGGCAGGGCCAUGCGGCGGAGCUGGCGGCGCGGCUGCAGAAGCGCUGCGAGGCCUACGUCGAGACGGGCUUGAAGGCGGGGCUGUUGGAGAAGGCGGAGAAGCCUGACAUGGACGUCUUGAGGGCGGUGCUGAGCGCGUGGCGGACGUGGACUGCGAAUCAGAAACCGAUUCGAUGGAUUUUCUGCUAUCUGGAUCGCUCUUACUUGCUGCAGCAGGGCCGGACGCUGCAGGACCAGGCAUUCGCGCUUUUCCGCACCAUUGUCUGCGAAGAUGCGACGUUGAAGCCGAAGCUCGUGGCCGGCGCUUGCGAACUCGUGCAGGCCGACAGGACUGGGGAGGAGCUGGACAAGGAGACCUUCCGCGAUGCCAUUUCCAUGUGCCACGACCUCACGAUUUACACGAGUUUCUUUGAGCCGAAGCUGUUGGAGAUUUCGCAACAGUUUGUUGCGGACUGGGCUGAGCAGGCAAGUCAGGAGAAGGGUCUCGCGGAGUAUGUGCAGAGCGCCGUGCAGCUCAUGGAGAAGGAGAUGGAGCGUUGCGAGCAUUUCAACCUGGACUCAACAACACGGCGGGAUCUUCUUGCACUGCUGGAGGAUCAUCUCGUUCAGCGGCAAGAAUCUAGGUUGGUCAACCAGGACGAGGUGGCGGACCUCCUGGACGAGAAUGCCGUCAGCGACCUCGAGCAGCUGUACAAGCUUCUCGAUAGGAGACGUCUGGGUGCUAAGCUUCGGCCAGCAUUUGAAAAGUGGAUCGAUCUCACCGGUACCUCCAUCGUAUUCGACGAUAAGGAGCAGGAAAACAUGGUCGUGAAGCUCCUAACGUUGAAGAAACAACUGGAUGCCAUCUGGCGGGUGUCGUACCAUCGCAAUGCAGAGCUCGGCCAUGGUCUGCGUGAAGCGUUCGAAGCCUUCAUCAACAAGUCGAAGAAGACAACUGCCACGUGGAACACGGACAAUUCCAAACCGGGUGAGAUGAUCGCCAAGUACGUUGACAUGCUGCUCCGUGGCGGCGCGAAGGCUAUUCCCACACAACUGUCGUCUGUGAAGGCUGAGGCUGAACAUGACGAGAACGAAGAAGCCGCGUUCGAUGAGGAUACGGAAAUUAACAACCAGCUGGAUCAAGUACUGGAUUUGUUCCGUUUCGUUCAUGGAAAGGCAGUGUUUGAGGCGUUUUACAAGAAGGAUUUGGCACGCCGUUUGCUCAUGGGCCGUAGUGCGAGUGCAGAUGCCGAGCGUAGCAUGCUGGCAAGGCUCAAGACCGAAUGUGGUGCAGGUUUCACGCAGAAUCUGGAGCAGAUGUUCAAAGAUGUCGAGCUCUCGCGCGAGGAGAUGGCAAGCUACAAGUCGCUGCUUGAGGAGCGCGGAGACAGAGCCCCGGUCGACCUGUCUGUCAGCAUUUUGUCGGCGUCCGCUUGGCCGACAUACCCCGACAUUCCCGUCAUCAUUCCGGCUGAGAUCCAGCAGAGCCUUGACAAGUUCACAACGCACUACAAGAACAAGCACAGCGGGCGCAAGCUCGACUGGAAGCACGCGCUCGCACACUGCCAGAUCAAGGCGGCCUUCCCGAAGGGCAACAAAGAGCUCGUCGUCUCGUCCUUCCAGGCCAUCGUGCUCGUCCUCUUCAACACGGUCAAGACGGGCGAGCACCUCAGCUACGACUUCCUCAAGGCGGAAACGGGCCUGCCGGAGCCGGAGCUCCAGCGCACGCUGCAGUCGCUCGCGUGCGCGAAGCUGCGCCCGCUCACCAAGCACCCCAAGGGCCGCGACAUCAACGCAACAGACACGUUCACGUACAACGCGGCCUUCCACCACGAGAAGUACCGGCUCAAGGUCAACCAGGUGCAGCUGAAGGAGACGAAGGAGGAGAACAAGGAGACGCACGAGCGCGUCGCGGCGGACCGCAACUUCGAGACGCAGGCGGCCAUCGUGCGCAUCAUGAAGAGCAGGAAGCGCAUCGGCCAUGCGGAGCUGGUGGCUGAAGUCAUCAACGCUACGAAGAAGAGGGGCGUGCUGAGUGUGCAGGAUAUCAAGAAGAACAUCGAUAGGCUGGUUGAUAAGGAUUAUAUGGAGCGCGAGGAGAAUAAUGAGUACAGCUACAUUGCGUAG